UUGUCUGCGCACGCGAACGAAACUUUGCCGGAAAGAUGGCAACGGUCUGUCAACAGCAGCUACGUUUUAUCAGCUACUAUGCUACGAGUUCGUUGAAGUCAAGAGCGGAGUUUGCAAGAUAUGAAAGUCGUCGCGAUGAUUACGAGGUGUCACGAAGAAUGUUGAGUUACCGCGAGAGUUCCUCGCGUUGUGGCGACUUUUAACGGACGUUACAGUUUUCCCGUGUUCUCUCGCAGCACGUUGGUGGGUUUCCUCGCUGUGACGUUUACCGCAAUGGCACUACAGGAGGACGAAAACACCUGGGUAUUGGAAUUAGAAGCAGCGCUUCUGGAUACAGAGGCACCAUCUGCCUCUGAUAUAUAUGCUAUCUGUAAAGGCCAACCAGUCCCUGCAAACUUAAGGCCAGAAGUUUGGCAAGCUUGUCUGUUUGUAACUGAACGAGGUGACCAAUUGAGUCAUUUCAAUGAAGUUUUUGAUUUACCUAAACAAAAUAUAAUUCGUGAUGAUUGUCAACAAUUAGUAGCAAAGCUUGGAAAUGAUGAUGAAGACAAAGUUUCUGUAGUUUCUGAUUUGGAGUCUAUAUUAACAUUUUAUUGUAAAAGUAAAUGUAAACAAUAUGAAAAAGGCAACGGUUGGUUGGAAGUACUGGGACCUUUAAUAGCAUUAAAGUUACCGCGUGCUGCAACUUACAAUCUUUUUGAGGCGAUAAUAGAUAUUUAUAUUCCAAGAGGUGAAACGUAUAGUUCAGUUUUGCGAUUGUUGCUGCUUUACCACGAGCCGGAACUAUGCUCUUUCUUGGACACGAAAAGGAUAUCGCCCGAUCAAUAUACAAAAGUAUGGAUGAAUACACUUUUCGCUGGCGUUUGUUCGUUACCAGCGAUUUGUACGAUGUGGGAUUUAUACUUUAUGCAAGCCGAUCCAUUUUUCAUGCUGUUUCUCUCGCUUAUCAUGGUGAUAAAUGCCAGAGAACAAAUCUUAAAUAUGAAGGAUGAAGAUAAACAAAGCAUAAUAGAUGCUAUUGCGGUAAUGCCGUGUGCUUUGGAAGCAGACGAUGUAACUGACUUCUGUUCCUUGGCGCAGUACUACGCGAUGAAAACACCAACGUCAUUCAAACAAGACUUAUAUCCCGUAAUGUUCGGUGAUGGUUCGGACGAGAAGUUAAUAUCCCACGCAUUGUGUUUACCUGUAUCGGCGCAAGAAUUAGUGGAGAAUGCUAUCGAGGCUCCAUCCGUACUUAACAGCGCUGUCGAGUCCGUUAGAUUCUUUCUCGUAGACUGCAGACCUGCUGAACAAUAUAAUGCAGGUCAUCUACCAACUGCGUUUCACCUGGAUUGCAACUUGAUGCUUCAAGAACCUGCUGCAUUUGCUACAGCAGUGCAAGGUUUACUACAAGCUCAGCGUCAAGCGCUUGCAGUUGGUUCGCAAGCUGGCGGGGAACAUCUUUGCUUCCUGGGAAGUGGUAGACAAGAGGAAGAUCGUUAUACUCACAUGGUAGUGGCAUCCUUUCUGCAAAAGCACACGCAAUACGUGAGCAUGGUCACUUCUGGAUAUCAGGCUAUUCAUGAAUAUUUUGGCGACGAAGUGGUGUCAAAUUUGAUUGAUCAUAAUUCGCAACAUUGUCUAGUGUGCAAUACUAAUAUAUUGGAGGAAAAUUCGAAUGAAGCGAGUCCGGUUAAAGUAAAAAACAACAAUUCGGAUCUUUUAGGAAAAAUCGGAUUAGCUAUGAAACUAAAGAGUCAAGAAGUAAAGGGAAAGCUGUUCGAUUAUAUCGUUAAUCCUUCAGCAAGCGUGCAUAGCAAUACAGAAAAGAAAGACGGCAAAGAUUUGGAUUACAUUAAACGUCAGAGGAAAACAGCGCCUGUGUUUAGUAUAGACGAUGAUCAAGAAUUAGAUAUGACGAUGACCAAUAACGAAAGUGAACAGCCUGUCGAAGUGGUAUCUAUACAGCAAUGGAUGAAAGAUCCUAAACUAUUACAUUCCUUCAAAUGCCAAGAAGUCAAAGUUAAUGGUGAUCUCUGUGAUAGUCAACUGCUGGUUACCGAUAGCCAUCUUAUAGUAUUACGAGAAAUUCAAGAACGGAAAGGUGCCGCCCAUGUGAUCGUGAAACGUCCUUUAACGAGUAUUGUUAGAAUAACAUCUAGAAAGCGACAUGCAGAUUUGAUAACUUUCAAGUAUGGUACAACACAAUGUAACGACACAGUUAUUACUGACAUGGACAAAUUUCUUAUACCCAACGCAAGCGAAGCUACUAAUUUGAUUACGCAACAGAUUAUGAAGCAAAUGAAUACGUCAGACUAAUACAUAUAUAUAUAUAUAUAUUACAGACACGUAUUUUAUGGAAUAAUUUCAAGUUAUUGGACAGUUGUGAUCAUUCAAUUCGUGACAAUUUUCCUAAAGAAAAAGAAUGAAAAUUAAUUUUCAGUAUAUGCAAAACAUUUCAUACUUUUUACAACUCUUUUAUUUUAUUUAUUCACACAUCUUGUGUUUAUUUUCCGUUGUAAUACAAUUAUUAGAACUUACGUAGCAUUAUAUGCAUUCGAUAGAGAUGUUAGUAGUAAAGUAGUUAAAAAAUAAACAGAUUGAUAUUUAAUAAAAAAAUUUCUGAUAUUGGCUGUUAAUAUUUUUGGGUAUGAGAAUCACAAUUUAGCCAUAUUAUCAAACACACAGACAGACAAAAUUUAAUUUUAUAUACAAUAUAUAUUCAUGUUUUAGUUAAAUCUUGAUGAUCUAACGUAUAUAUCAUGUGUUAUACAUUUACAAUUUUUUUAAAUGUUACAGCGAAUGUUAUGUGUGACCUAAAGAUCAAUGCGUUCUGUAAAUUAUAUGUAUGCCAUGUGAUCUAAUGCAAUCUCUGAAUAUAUGAGAUUGCACUAGAUGUCUAACAAAAAUAUAUAAAGGCCUUCGAUUUUCUGUUGCGUGAUAAUUUCCGUAACACGUUUACAGCGAUAAUGUUAGUUAAAACUUCAUAUUUGAUUAGACUGAAAUCUUGUAGAAAUGUAAGAGAGAAAUUAAAACGAUUAUAACGAUCGAGAAAUUAUAACGAUUGAUACUAAUAUACAUAUGUGCCUGAUCAAUGCACAUUAAUUGUUUUCUGGAUUGUGUUCACACGUAGCGUAAAUACGUAUCAAAAGUAAAAAUAAUUAUCGGCAACUGGUCCUAAUGUGUUUUUAAUAUAUUUACUACGUGCUCUUAUAAUAACACUUGCAUUUUGUAGGUCACUAUAUUAUGAAAUGUUUUAACGAGUACAAAUUACGUAAGUGGGUAUUAAGUGCAAUAUUUGCAGGCAAAUACCCUUUGCACUAUCUGCUGUCAUAGUUUUUCAGAGACAUUUUAACGAUUCUUUGCUGCAAAAUAUAUUGUGAUGGUUAUAUUUAUUAAAUCUACAGCGAAAACAUAAUUUUUCUUUUCUUUGUGAAAUUCAACAUAUAUAAAAAGGCAAUAUAUUGAAAAUGUUAACUAUAAGAUUAAAAUAUACGGAAUGUGAAACAAA